AUGGAGCUGGCUGGUGCUGGGCUGCUCGCUAGUGGCUCCGCUUGUCCUGCGAGUGGGAGAAGGGAACAGAAGAGGAGGCGGCGGCGGCGGCGGAGGCUCCUGCUCGGCCUUCACCAUGUCGAGUCUCCACAAGAGCAGGAUUGCAGAAUUUCAAGACAUCCUUAGUGAGGCCAACAUCACGCUAGAGAAGCUCCGUGAACUUUGCUUCAGCGGGAUUCCCUUUGAAGGUGGCUUGCGCUGUCUGUGCUGGAAGAUCCUCUUGAACUACCUUCCUGUGGAGAGAAACUUAUGGAGCUCUGUUUUGCAGAAGCAGAGAGAAUUGUAUACCCAGUUUUUGAAGGAAAUGAUUAUACAGCCUGGAAUAGCCAAAGCCAACCUCGGAGUCUCUAGAGAAGAUGUGACCAUGGAGGAUCAUCCACUGAAUCCGAACCCUGAUAGCAGGUGGAACACUUACUUCAAGGACAACGAAGUGCUGCUGCAGAUAGACAAGGAUGUCAGGAGGCUGUAUCCUGACAUGGCAUUCUUCCAGAGCAUGACCGAAUACCCCUGCCUGUUGAUCCUGGACCCACUGAAUGAGUUUGAGACCCUCCGGAAGCGAGUGGAGCAGACAACACUCAAGUCACAGACAGUGGCACGGAACCGGAGUGGCGUCACAAACGUAUGUUCUCCUCUGAAAACGCUGGCCUCUAACUCGCUGAACGAGUAUGAGGUUCUGCCCAAUGGCUGUGAGGCUCACUGGGAGGUCGUAGAACGAAUCCUCUUCAUCUAUGCUAAACUGAAUCCGGGGAUAGCCUACGUCCAAGGGAUGAAUGAAAUCGUAGGACCUCUUUACUACACGUUUGCUACAGACCCCAACAGCGAAUGGAAAAAACACGCAGAAGCGGAUACCUUCUUUUGUUUCACUAACCUCAUGUCUGAGAUCAGGGAUAACUUCAUCAAGAGUCUGGAUGACUCUCAGUGUGGCAUCACCUACAAAAUGGAGAAGGUGUACUCCACCUUGAAAGAGAAAGAUGUGGAGCUCUACAUGAAACUGCAAGAGCAGAACAUCAAGCCCCAGUUUUUCACCUUCCGCUGGCUAACGCUGCUGCUGUCCCAGGAGUUUCUGUUGCCAGAUGUCAUCCGCAUCUGGGAUUCUCUCUUUGCUGAUGACAGCCGCUUUGACUUCCUGCUGCUAGUCUGCUGCGCUAUGUUGAUGCUCAUUCGGGACCAAUUACUAGAAGGAGAUUUUACUCUGAAUAUGCGACUUUUGCAGGAUUACCCCAUCUCUGAUGUUCACCUGAUCUUGAAGAAGGCAAAAGAUCUUCAAGACUCCAAAUAGCCCUGGAUCGUAGAGAGUCUCUGCAGGUACCUGGAGGUGGAGUCUGCCGCUGAAAGCUCCUGCUUCUGCCUCUUAUCAGGGGCCUGACUCUUGUCUCCUGGCUCUCUGCCACAGGGGAGGAUUCUCCUGAUCUAUUAAUUCCCAAGAGACUGACUUUCAGUUUUGCUGGGCCCUGCACUCUUAACAUUUCUUGAAUCUCACCUGCUGAAAUGAUUCCACAUCAAGUGACCUAUUCCCUUUAAAAUUUUGUAUUUCUCUCUUAAGUGACUCCAGACAGGGAGAUGGAAGCACCUGUUUCCCUGUCAUUAUGGAAUGAAGAAUAUUGAGGGGCAUUCCUCCUGCAGGGCACUUAAUGCGCACACACACAAAAAAACCCUUUUUGGGAUACAGACAGGACAGGCACCAGUGGAAUUUGGCCGUAUGAGGAGAGAGAGCUAGCAUAUUUCAAACCUUGGCUACUUUCUUCUGUGGGGAGUUGCUGGACUCUGCUUCUACUUGUUAAACCCUAUUCUGUUCAGUUCCUUCCCACAACAGCUAAAUGCCAGAUGGAUCUCUGACUUUCUUCCUUCAAGGAAAUGGGUAUAUAGCACGGAACUUCCCCAAGCAAAGCUCUCUCCAAAAGUCACCUCUUAUCUGAUCCCCUCCCAUUUUGAUCUUGGCUGUACUUGGAAGCUAGCUCUAAGCAGUGAAAACAAAGAGCUUUCUUGAAUGAAGUUGGAUUGGCCUUAUCACCCACUGCCUUAGAGAGGGCGCCCUAUUCUUUUCCCUCCUCUUAUUCCCACUGCUGAGAGAUUGCAGGCCAUAAGGUGCCCACUGCAGCAUUGCUACAUAGCUCAGUACCCUAGCAGCUAUUUUGCUGUACAGAAGAUUUUGAGACACAAAAGGCCAGUGAGAGAGAGAGAAAGAGACCAAGCUUCCAUGUGUGCUGAACCGAAGUCGCUCCUCAACUGUGGGUUUCUGGUGUAAUCAUUCUAUGGUGUGUGGGUAAAGAUUGUCAGUCCUUCUGUAAGUUGGUGGCUUCUAAUGAGCUCAUGUCUUCCAUGUUUUACUGGAAAAAUUAAAAGAUUAUGGCAAGGCUUGUGUGUGCUUGUGGUGCUGGGAUGUAGUUCGUCCACAAGGUUGUCAUCCUGAGCAUAUCUGGGAAAGAGUGACAGCAAGAAGGAAGGUUGGGUCCAGCAAGUGUGGGGAACCUUUGGCCCUCCAGAUGAUGCUGAACUACCACUCCCAUCAGUCCCAGCAAGCAUGGCCAAUGGACAGGUAUGAUGAGAGUUGUAGUUCAGGAACAUCUGGAGGGCAUCACACGUUCUCCACACCAGGUGUAAAGCCUAAUGCUGUAAUGGCACAGCACCCACAGCCACUUGAUGUCAUUUCAGAAGAGUGUAGCAAAAUUAAACUUUUUGAAAUAGGACUGGUAGCUUAUUUUACCUAUGUAAGGAAGGAAGCCUGGCAGAACUGGUUUUUCCAAAUGAGGUGGCAAUAGUUUUUAUCUCUCUCCUUAUCUAACAGCCUCAGUCUUGACGCUUCCGAUUCUAUAUUUUUAUCUUGUGUUUUCAUCUUCUGGGGCAAACCAUAGCACUAAAGGAUGGUUUUGAUGCUGCUCUGCAUCAUAACUGGUUUGGAAUAGUUCAAAGUUCUGUUUCUGAAGCUUAUCAAAAGCUUGGCACAUGAGCAGUGCCUCAAGUCUCAGAAGGAAGACAAGAUGAACCUUGGGGAGCAGCUGGAAGUGUAAGGUUAAAUGGUAUUCUGGUACCCUUAUCCUGCUGUCCUCUCAGUUUACAAACUCUUGGAGUGCUUCAGGAAUCCUGCUUGACUAGAGACAACACUAGGAUAGAACACAUGUUUCUCUGUAGGCAAAGGAAAAGAUGGUUCUUUCAUUCUGCCUUCAAAUCUUUGCAUUAGAAGAAAAGGGACAAUUUUGCCUUUGAGUCUGUUAAGGGAAGCUACUGCUUCCUCUCAGUAGUGCUGCUGUUCUGAUUAUAAUUCAGAGUUACUUCCCAUUGGCAGGGUGAAGAGCUGCUGGUUUUCUAAAUUUGUGACACUCUAAUAAUUAUAAUAUGCCACAUCCACACCAUACAUUGGAAAGCAUGUUUAAAACGAACUGCUGCCCGCCUCAAAGAAUCCUGGAGACUGUUGGGUGCUGGGAAUGGUAGCUCUGGGAAGGGGAUAAACUACAGUUCCCAGGAUUCUUUGUGGGGUCAUGUGCUUUAAAUGUAUGGUGAGGAUGUGGCCAUAGAUGUCAGAGUUCAUGCCUUUUGGAAGUUUUUUCUUCGGGGGGGGGGAGGUUGCAGAAUUUCUUGGUGCUUUUUUGUCUUUUUAGCAAACCAGAACCUGCAUGGUAACAGGUCUAUACAAGACCCCUUUAGAGACAUCUAAAUCUUAGCCUCUUUCUCUGCAUAUAAGCAGAUGUCUCUUACAGUGGUGUUUACACAAGACUAGAUUGGGUGCCCUGGAUAAACUGAAGAGAUUUCUGGAUAAAAUGAUGUUCUGAUCUCAUUGAGAGGAAUGUGUUUUAUGGGAACCAUGGUGUGGGUUAAAUAAAGCUUGUUGGUUAUGGGGAACAAGGAGGUAGGUGAGCACUAUCUCUCCAAAGAAUGGAAUUCUCAAGGAAACAUUAGCCCCAACUCACCACCAAAUGUGUAUAAUGGCAAGGGAAGGAGUGAACACAGGAGGCUUCCAUUGUAAACUUGGUCAGGUCUUCAGGGAUGGGGAACUGAACCUCCCAGAGGUUGUUGGACUCCCAACUUCCAUGAGCCAUGGCCAGCAUGUGACCCUACAAUCAGAGGUGAUGGGAGUUGUAGUCCAGGGAUAUCUGGAAGGCCACAUUCCCCUUCCCUGAACUGGAUCCUAGCCUACAGUCCAUUGAGAGGGGUACAAAUAAUGACAGUAUUAUUAUCGUUGCUGUGUACCAGAAUGAUGUGUCAAGUAGACCACCACGCCAAUGUGGACUGUAGGUAGAAAAUGCCAUUUCUGAAUGCUUCUUCAUGUGAAGGAAAAACUAGUGCAUUGGUUGGAGAGGGAGAGAUAUUCUGGAGUUGUCUUUUCCCUGUUCUGCUAACUUUCUGCUUGCAGAAAUUAGUCACGUAGGGCAUUUGCAAAAAUAAAUACAUGCCACUGGCAUAUUUCCAACCACCUUGGAACUCUUCUUGUGUGGAUUUCGUCUCCGUGAAGAGACCUAAGUGAUAGCCUGUUAUGAGUAGCAUGCUUAAUUUCUUGGUCUGGGCUUGCAUAUUUGACAGUUAGCAAAUUCUGGAUGUUGCACAAACUCUUUAAGUAGAUAUUCCAAAUCUUUAUGCAAGUUCUGAGAUCAGUUCUUUAAUGUUCUUUUUU